AUGUCAACCAGACCAAAGAAAGGUCGAUCGGACUACAAUUACUUGUGUGGGAUGAGAUAUCGACAUCUUGUUCCUCCACCUACCGAUCCUCCAUUUGAUUUGGUUUGGAAGACGGACACAGAAAAAGUCAUGACUGUAAAACGGACAACGCGUACAUUUCAAACAACCCGGCUUCCUCUGCUUAGCGACAGUGAUCUAGGAAUGCCAUAUGACUUGAGUGUCGUUUCCAGUGCAUUCUACGGUGACGAUUCAGUUCUAAAUCCUAGGAAAUUUAGUGGACUUGACAGCAAAGAUGUUGCUCUCUUGGUUCCGGCAAAGCCUUCUAUAAAUGUCAUUCCUGGACUGGCACAAUUAAAGAGACAUUCAAAUGAUCCAAAAACGUGGCUUCGUAGAACCCAGUACAUUAGCGCAUCUGAAAGUGUUUAUAGAGGGGAUAGUAUUACGACAACUAUGGAGAGCCGUAUGGCCACUCUUAAAGCUAGUAAUGACCUAUUGAACCGGACACACGAGGAACAGAUCGCAGCAAUCGAAUACUCUUUUGAAGUAGCGAAUGAUCUAGAACGUCUUAAAAAACUUGAGCAUCAUAAGGAUCCUAAAAUUACACCGGUUGAAAUUCUUCCAAUUUUACCGGAUUUCGAGAUGAGGAAUCGUAUUCUAGCGCAUUGUUGUUUUGAUAGUGAUCCGUGGGAAGGGGUUCCGAUGGAAGAUGAUGAUGAUCAGGGAAACAUGCGUCAAGAUCGAGCUACGAAGGCUUUAGUGAAUCCUAUGGCUAGUGGGAAUGAUAGGUUUUUGAUGCUUUAUGUUCCAUCGGCAGAAUCUGCCGAAAGACUAAAAAAUAAAAGAACAUUUGAAGAAUGCAAAGAUGAAAAUUCCCAAAUUUUAUUUUACGAAAAAUAUGACGAUAUAACGAAAGAGAAACGUAUUCUCUAUUCACCCUUUUCAGUUAGGACUACGUUAAGAAGACGUCGACAAACCGAAAGGAUUAGAGUACCUGAAAAUUAUGGAAAAACCACAUACUUGGAAUCAUCUUACACAGCCCCUGAUUACGAUGAGUCAUUCUGGGAUAGGUAUAGGUCUGAUCGACUUCAUGAACACGAAAUUGAACAAUUGAUGAGGAAAAAACACAAAGGUGAGUCUAAACAGAGGAUAGAAAAUGUUCAGAGUGAUCAAGAAAAAAACAUCGACGAGGAUCACCAUCUGAGUGAUAAUGCUCAGGCAGAGAUAGAUGAUGAUGCUGAAA